AUGAUAACAGACAGUCCCUCUCAAAAACGUUCAAAUAAGGAGAACUCUCCAAAGUACCUCUCUAUCACUCGCCAAAGCAACAUCUCACACAAAAUAAUCAAUGAAGUCUUGAAUAGUGGAUCUGACUAUCUAUAAGAUUAGAUGGAAUAGAUUGAUCUCAAAAUUAUGCAAUACCAAUAUAACAUCAAAUAGAAGAUUACUACACUCUUAAACGAGUCAAGUACCUCUCUAGAUUAAUCAGUUUAUCAAAAAAAGCUACAGGAUUUGAGAAUUGAGGAAUAAAAUUCUUAGCAAAUGUAAAACGAUCUAGAUAGACAAUAAACUAUCAUUUAUGAUUACUACGAAAACGAAUUCAAUAAACUAAAAACAUAAUAUGAGUAGAUCAACUAGGAACAUCAAUACUUUGUUAAAGAGCGCAAUAAUUAUUAGGAUAUCCACAAUCAAUAUUUAGAAACCAAAGCACUCUUGUAAGAAGAUUUAAAUGGUAAACUCUUAUAAAGAGCUGAACUUGUUGGUUAAAAAGAAGAACUUGAAGAAUUUGUUGAAUAAGUUAAAAAUGAGAAUCCCUAACUAACAGAAUUGGUGGAGUAGAUAUACAAUUGCGAUUAAAAAGCUAAGGAAAUUGAUUAAAAUAUAUUAACAUUAACCAACUCUAUUUCAAGUUUACAAUAAUAACAAGAAAACAAAAAAAGACAAUUAGCUUCAUUUCAUUAAACUACAUUACUUGAAGUUUAGUGUCAUCAAUAGAACUAAAAGGUGAAAGCUUUAAGAAAUAAAAUUGUACCUAUAUAGAAAAGUUUAAAUUUAUAACAUCCUGACUCAAUCCUUAAUGAAUUUAUCAACUCAUUUGGAGGUUCCUAAUUGCAAAUAGAAUCUAUAGAGUUUUAAGCCAAAUUAUAAACAUUCACUUAACAAUUUAGAAACAAUCUGUUCAAAUAAGGUAAUUAGAGUAAUAAUUGGGGAAGCAUGAAGGAAUUCGUUAUUUAAUUAGAAUCUUUCAUUUUAGCAUCUCUCUAACAAAAAUUAGUCCAAAAUCAAUUAUCAGAUAUGAAAUGUACCCUAAAAUAACAUGGAGAUGAAUUACAAUUAUCUAAUGACGUGUGUUCAAUUGAUUAUUAAGUUGAAGUUAAGAAAUAGUAAAUUAGAGAACUUGAAGAUGAUAAAUCUUCAUUAGAUUAUAAAAGGGAGAUGUUUUAUGAGUCAUUUCAAGAAAGGAUUCGAUAAUAAACAGAAGAUGCUUUUCUUCAGUACCAAGAACACAAUGAAGAAAACUUAAGUUGUAUUAAAUAGUAGUACGGAAAUGUAGAGUAUAAAUCUAUCCUUGACUAAACCUACAAAGAAAUGUAAUAACUGAUGUAGGAUCAAGAAGAAGAAUAAUUUAAUAAUACUAUGAAAUUAAUAUAACAGUAUUAUAUUUAAGAUUAAGCUAUAAAAGUCAAUAUUCAAAUGGUUGAUUAAGAAAUACUUCCUCAAUUGAAGAAUAUUGCAUAAUAAAUUCAGAAAGCCAAAAAAGACUUAGAAAGAGUAAGUGGAAAUGAAAAACCAUUUUUUGACAAGUAAAAUAAGGUAGAAUAGGAAAUCUAAGCAUUAGAAUUAGAAUUUAAGAAAAAGAUUGAGUAAUUUAAUUUAUAGGAGACUGAAAUCUAAAAGUAAUUGAGUACUGUCAAAUAAGCAAUAGAAAAUACUUAAGAAUAACUGUUAUCAAAAAGUAAACCUAAUAAGGCAUUACUGGAGUAGGAGAUAUUAUAACUAAAUAAUCUAUUGACUUAAUUAUAGGAAUAGAAGAAACAAUUAGAAGGGGUUUAAUUUUAAUUCAGUAAAUCACCAUAAAGAGUGGAUGCAAGUAGAAAAAGUUCAAAUGGAGGUAUUUUGGCUAUAUCAAAAUCAUUAAAUCAAUUUACUAAAAUGAGAAAAGAACCUACAGUUAAUAGUUUUAAUAACAGUGUAGUAAAAGGCAUUACACCUACAAAGGAUGCUUCUAAUCUAUAUUUGAUAAAUAAAUUUGCAAAGCAAGCUUCAUGCAAGUCAUCUUAGGAGUUUAGACUAAAGUCAAACAUUUCAAUCAAAUAGAUUAAAUGA